UAGAUCUUUUCUUCUCUCCUCCUCGGAAAAAAAAGUUUCUGCCAAAACAAAUCCAAUUGAUGGCGAGGAGACCGGACGAAGAAUACGAUUACCUCUUCAAGGUCGUAUUAAUCGGAGAUUCUGGUGUUGGCAAAUCCAAUCUCCUGUCCAGAUUCACCCGGAAUGAGUUCUGCUUGGAGUCCAAAUCCACCAUUGGCGUCGAAUUCGCUACCCGAACCGUUCAGGUGGAGGGGAAGACAAUAAAAGCACAGAUAUGGGACACAGCAGGGCAAGAGCGCUACAGAGCGAUAACCAGUGCUUACUACCGGGGUGCCCUUGGAGCCCUUCUGGUAUAUGAUGUUACGAAACUAAUGACAUUUGAUAAUGUUAGUAGAUGGUUGAAGGAGCUGCGGGACCAUGCUGACUCAAAUAUUGUAAUUAUGCUAAUUGGUAAUAAGACUGAUCUCAAGCAUCUCCGAGCAGUGGCCACUGAAGAUGCACAAGGCUUUGCAGAGAAGGAAGGCCUAUCAUUCAUUGAGACUUCUGCACUGGAAGCUACGAAUGUUGAGAAGUCUUUCCAGACCAUCCUUGCAGAAAUAUACCGGAUAAUUAGUAAGAAGAAUCUCUCUUCAAACGGGCCUGCACCUGAAAACAUUAAAGAAGGGAAGACAAUUGAUGUCUCAGGAUCAGAGAUGAACACCAAGAAGUCAUGCUGCUCUUCAUCUUAGUUUAGACUCCUUAUUGUCUAUUACCUGGUUUGUUUUUUCUUUUAGGAGUUUGAAAUUGAUUCUUGGAUUUCACUGUAUUUUGCUUCAUGAUAUCAGAAACAGGAGGAAUUCAUAUUUUAGUAAAUGAUCAAAAUAUUAUUAU